AUAUCAGUUAUCCCUACCUUGAUGUUUUAAUUUGACUCAAGCCAUACGUUAUUUCUGGGUUUGAGGUGGAAAUAUCCUAAAUCCACGUGUCAGGAACGCAGCACAAGUCCUACCUACUUCAAAGAGUCUAGUGAUGUUUCGUCAUCAUGACCUACUCAGUUCGACUCCACGUACAGCGGCGACAGGUGUAGCCUAGUAACCCGGAAAUAAGAAAAGAGGACAACAACAGGAGUCUUCUUAUUGAAAUCAUGGAAAAGACUGUUCAACAGGAUUUUGAGAACCAGUUCAAUGAUGCAGUCUCAAGGCUGCAGUCAAAGAACUUAUUUCAGUCGGACUGGGACAUUGCCUCCUUUGCAGUUUUCUUCAUCUUUAUAGGCAUGGUCCUCCUGCUUGUUAUCUUGGUUCUUAUCCGCUGCUGUUGCUGCUGUUGUUGUGAUGAGAAGCCAAGAAGACAGAAGGUGGGCAUCGACAACAUGGGCAUGGAGCCAUGAUCCUCCAGAAAAGUGAACAACUUAUCCCCAUACACAAAUCACCUACAAAAUAAUUCAGUGUGUGAA